AUGGCAAACCUGGACUUUGGACCCGAAACCGUCAUACAAAGUGUUCAGAAAGAAGGGAAGUUCGAUGGAGGCAGUGGCUAUAUCAGUCUGGCUAUCAUCUACACUGUGUUCGCUGCGGCUAACUGGGGUGCCCCACCAGUGGUGAGUGUAUGCGGUCCCCGGAACUCCAUGGUCCUAGGAGCAUUCCUGUACUGCCUCUUUAUAGCCGUGUUCAUCUAUCCAAUGGUUUGGGCUCUGUACCUGGGAUCUGUCUUACUCGGACUGGGCGCUGCAAUUCUUUGGACUGGAGAAGGAUCGUAUUUAACGCUGAACUCGACACCAGAAACCAUCGGAAGAAACAGCGGCAUAUUCUGGGCAUUGCAGGCGAGCAGUUUGAUGUUCGGGAACAUUUUCGUCUGGCAGGAGUUCACAGGAAAGGAGAUCAUUGAUCCCAAAACCCGUAUACAGGUGUACGUGGUACUACUGGUUGUGUGCUGUGUGGGGACACUCAUGUUGUUUGCACUGAGAAACAAGAGCCCAGAAGAUCGCGCAGACUCCCCAGAUGGCAACAGGGAAAACAAGUCAAAUGAAGGGCCACUGCAAGCAUUCAAACGAUCUAUUCAACUUUUCAAGACAAAAGAGAUGCUUAUGCUGGGGCUGUGUUUUGCAUACACUGGUCUGGAAUUGAAUUUCUACAGCGGCGUUUACAGUACCUGCAUCGGUAACACCAAGGCGUUUGGCGAAGAAGCCAAGUCUCUUAUAGGCAUUGCUGGUGCCUUUCUUGGUGCUGGAGAAAUCAUAGGUGGAGCAGCGUUUGGUCUGAGUGGAAAGUUGGCCAAUCGGCACGGACGGGACCCGAUCAUCCUGUUGGGUUUCAUCGUCCACAUGACAGCGUUUUAUCUCAUCUACAUCAACCUGCCGCAGUCUUCACCCAUCUCUGAGAUAGUCACUGAUGCCAGCUACUAUCCUGUACUCAUUCACUCAAAUAAGUACGUGGCUGUUCUGUGUGGUUUCCUGUGGGGUCUCGGGGACAGCUGUUACAACACCCAGGUGUACUCCCUCCUCGGAUCCCUGUUCUCAGAAGACAGCGCGCCGGCAUUCUCGCUAUUCUUCUUCACCCAGUCCCUGACCGCGGCGGCAGGGUUCUUCUACAGCACGUACCUGAUACUACAGUGGCAGCUGCUUAUAGUGGCAGUCUUCUGUGUAGCUGGAACAAUGGCAUUCUUUCAGGUUGAAUGGAUGUCGACCUCACGUCCCUCCAAGAAAGGCUACACCCAAAUCAACUGAUAUGACUAUUAACAUAAACACUAAGUUUUUGGUUGUUUCAAAAUCUUCUUAAAGUAUAACCAUUUGGGUUAAUCAUGCGUAUUCUAUGAGAUCUGUAAUGUAUGUAUGUUUGUAUAGGCACACAAUAUCAGCUAAGCUGUCCGGGUUUGCCAUGUAUCCCAUUGUCUGCAAUUUCAAUAAAUCUAAAUCUAAAGUACAGUUAAUGGGGAGGUGUUUUCUCGGUUGAUACUACAUCGUAUUCUGAUCACAAAAAGCUACAGUGCAACUUUUUUGUUGAGUCGACUCUGAAUAGAUAAUGGAACUAUUGUACAUAAACAUCUCUCCGUAG